GUUGGAUCCAGUAACGGAAAUCCCCCAGAGAGAUGUCCCCGUCCUCUGCAUUCCCAGGACUCCACACAGGAACAUCAGGAGAUCCCUCAGAAGGAUCAGAGUGAAAGUCCAAUUAAAGUUGAAGUUAAAGAAGAGCCAUAUGUGAUGGGUGAUGAUCUUUAUAAGGAGGAGGAGAUGCCUCCAGAGAUCAAACCUGAGGAGGAGGAAGAAGAUCAUGCCAAGAUUAAAGAGGAGGAGGUGCCUAUAAAGAUCAGCACAGAUGGAUCCAGUGACAAAAAUCCCCCAGAGAGAUGUCCCCAUCCUCUGUAUUCCCGGGACUCCACACAGGAAGAUCAGGAGAUCCUUCAGGAGGAUAACGUGAUCAGAGUUAAAGUUGAAGUGAAAGUGGAAACAGAAGAGCCACGUGUGAGGGGUAAUGAGCCAUGUGAGGAGGAGGAGGAAAUUCCUCCAGAGAUCAGC